AAAAUUAAAAAAAAGAUCUAUCGGCUGGAAAAUUUUCGCGCGAACGGAGCGAAGUGGCAAAAUCAGAUAAACCCCUCCCAUACCAGUAGCGGCUGAGGGAAUAUCUAAACACAAAUUUCUCAAAUCAUGAAAAAUAAAUCAAAAAUUAAAUUCCGCAGGUUUAUCGAUUAUGGCUUCUUUGUGAUGUAACACUUUUAGGUAAAAAUUCCAUGUCUACUGUUCUUUCGUUCCUUGGUCCUUGGUCUCGAUUCCUAUUCCAUAAAGUUUUUGCUCCAGCCCCGAUUGGUCACGUGUCUUCUAACAUAAGUGGUCAUAAGUUGCAAAGGUAACGAGUUGCAAACCCAUCCGAUCGAGGUCAUCGCAAUCGGAGGUCAUCGUAAUGCGCCGAAACUUCUUGAUCGCUGCAGUUCUUGUUCCUCUUGUUUGUUUCUUACUUUUCAAAUUCCAAGAUGGUGAUUUUAUAUUGAUGAUUUAUGAGAGGAUUGGUCAAGAUCCAGCGGUUGCCUUGCGCGGGAAAGUGGUCUGGAUUACUGGCGCUUCGAGCGGUAUCGGUGAAUAUUUGGCUUAUGAACUGGUCAAAUAUGGCUGCAAAUUAGUACUGUCUGCGAGAAGGAAGGCAGAAUUAGAGAGAGUCAAGAAGAAUUGUGCAGCUAUUGCUACUGAUCAUGAUUCCUCGUUUGAAAAAGAUCAAGAUAUUCUUGUCCUUCCUUUGGACUCUGUAAAAUUUGACACACAUGAAAAACUGACCCAGGAUGUCGUCAAGCACUUUGGAAAGGUUGACAUUCUGGUGAACAAUGCUGGUAGGUCACAGAUAGCUUUGGUGGAAAAAACAUCAUUAGAGGUGGAUAGAGCACUUUUGGAUUUAAACCUUGUUGGACCCAUCUCUUUGACCAAAGCAGUCCUCCCGCAUAUGAUUGAACGUCACGAGGGGCAGAUUGUGGUGGUGAGCAGUACCGCUGGAAAAACAUGUAAUGUCAUUAAUUUUAAUUCAUUUGAUGGAAUGACUAAAUUUGAUGAGUUUUGGGUUUUAUAGAAUAUGUAUUAACUGCAUGGGUUUAAAUAAUAUAUUGUUAAACUUGUUUUAUAAAACUGAAAAGUCUUGAAAGGAGUGCCUGAUGACUGACUGACUGACUAACUGAGUGACUGACUGAGUGACUGA